AAAUUUCGUCAUUUCAUCUGAUUCAUUUUUGGUUUUGUGAAGCUCAGCAGCAGCACUUCCUCUAGAGACGUUAUAAAGUUACACACAUCAACCUUCACACGAGUUCAGCACGUUCAACAAGAUCCCAGAAUGAAGACUCUGCUGCUUUCACUCCUCUGUGUGUUUGUGUGGUCUCAACACACAGAAGGUUUAACUGAUCAGCAGGUCACUUUAGGACAGAGUGUGACUGUAACCUGUGAGUUUAGAUUAAGAGCCAUUACUUGGUUUGUGAUAAAAUCAUCCGCUCGUCCAGUGAUGAUAUGGCGAACAUUUGCAUCUGAAAAGCCUAUUCACUACUAUGAUGAAAAAUUCCGUAGCAAAUAUUCCGAGGGAAGCAGGAGCCAAUUAAUUAUUAAUAAUGUCACUGCUGAUGAUUUAGGAAUUUAUUACUGUAUAAUACCAGGCGAGACCACUCUAGAGGUCAGUGAUGGGAUCAGACUGGACACUGGUGGAGCCCACCAAAAUUUCGAUGAACUAGAGGAACAAAAUCCACCACAAGAUCAGAGAUCAUAUCGGAUCCUGAUUGUCAUAUUCACUCUGUUGAUUGUUAUGCUGUCUGCUGCAGUAAUAGGUUUAUUAAUGAUGAACCGUAAACUGUCUCAGAAGAUUCCCAAAUAUGUAAAUGGUCAUCAAAUUUCGGAAAGAAGAAUAACUUCUUUCCCGACCAGCGGCACUGUUGUUCCUCCUCAGAACUCAUUGACCGAUCGUGAAUAUCAAGAAAUACUGCCAGAAUCUACUUAUGAAUUAGCAACAUACUGAGAGAUUGAUCAUUGUUUGGUUCUAAUGAUCAGGGCUGGGUUUCCCAAUAACGAUGUAUCUUAGCUCUUAAGAGCGCUUUCUACGUGCGAGGUUACGAACGUUCGCUGCAAUUCCACGUGCGUUUCCCAAAAAUGUCACAUGAACGCGCGAGAACGCGUUCUACGUGCUACUUAAGAGUCGCUGUCCGUUUCUCAAGUGCUGAAUAUUACCUUAUAAAAUCGUAUCCUUUAACGUUUAACCUAAUAAUCGUCACCUGAUGUGGUUUAGAAUAAAUAAAUAAAUAAAUAAAUAAAUAAAUAAAUAAAUAAAUAAAUAAAGAUAC